AUGUAUAUUCCACGCCUUUCCUCCACUCUCAACGCCCCAACUCUCACCACCCGCGCGGAAUCCCCCCCUACUUCCAUCGCCAGUGAAGGAUUCUGGGAAGUGCAGUUUAAUUUCUGGGGAACCAUCCUCGCGUUCAUCGUCGCCAUCGCUAUCAUCACCGGACUUUUAACAUGGUGUUUAGUAUGUCGCGGCAAGCGGAUACAGAAGAGACUCGCCAAAGCCAAGGAAAAAGAACGUGAAGAGGAAGAGAGAGCCAAGAAUGAAAUGAUGGGAAAGGUUCUAGGAGGCAGCGCAAAUGGAGUUGCGAGAAAUGGAAGUAGAUUGGGUGUGGGAAGAAAUGGGACGGUGAGGAAGAGUGAGAUUAGCAGACCAUUCCCAGCGAGAUCAGAGAGUUCGGGGAGUGUGGAUUCGAUGGAUGAGAAGAAGGAAUUGGAGAUGGAGUAUGAGAGGCAGAGUGAGAGGGAUAAUCACUGGUCUGAGAGGGCGGCAUGGAAAGAAGAGACGGUGGGGACGGAGAGUCCGGUUCCGUCGUAUCAUUCGAGGGAGAGGAAUGGGGAUGAGGAGAAAAGCGAGUGGAGGACGGAGAGUUUGAGAGGGGGUGAUACCAUCGGAAGUGGAAAUGCAAGUUCCACGAAUGUGAAUGGAAACGCAAAUGCAUGGCAUAGGAUUGAGGUUAAUGGAACGGUGUAUAUGGGGCGAGAGAGAGGUGAUUCAGCAUAUUUGGAAAAUAAAGAGAUCAAAUUUGUGUAG